AUGGCUUUGGACAAUCAAAGCAGCGACUCUGGCAGACGCUACCAGACACUGCCUUCAUCCGCUGUCGUCCGCUCAUCACCAGCAAGAAGAGCCAGGGUCACCAUUCCUUCCAACUCGCCGUAUGUAUGCGAGGAAAGUGUUCACUAUCCGGUUUUCAAUCCUUUGGACCCUAGACACAACCCCACAGCUCCUGCAUCAUCGUGGCUCGACGAUGACUGCCCUCCAGAAGCGCCUGUUGACCCGGACUCUGAGGGUUGGAUGCAAAGUUUCUCAAGGAGGUCUAUGCGUAAAGCACGUUCCGGGUUUCUAGCUCUCAGAUCGGGGAUGCAGAGACGUCCUCUGAUGAUUGUCCCCCGUGGCAAUGGCGAAAUGCCGAGGUCUACUCCCAGGCCGGAGAAUCAUUCUGACCAGAAAGAAAAUAUGUUCCCGUCCACGGUAUCGGAAGCAAGUACCGAAGAGGAUAACGAGUUCGGGUCUCAUCUGCAUCGAACUAAAUGCAAGUCUUCUCCUUUGACUCUUGGCCAGGAUAGACCUAUACCCAGGUCGCGAUUCUCGACGGCUUUGGCCGAUCUCUCGUCUUUUGCCAGAAGAAGCGAAGACGCAACUGAUUCACCUGAUCCGGUUCUCACGGAGUUGGUAUCUAAUGCUCGCGUGCUUGAAUCGGCCAGUGAGAAUGCAGAAAAGUCAGAAGAGUCCGAUGUACCUUCUAUGAACCGUGAAGUCGAAACUGGAGAUUACUCCUCUGCCAUCAGCGGUACAGAAUCGAGUACAAAAAACUCUAGGCCUAGCAAUCUACCCAAAACCUCUGCUUUCUCGGAGCUUGCAGAUGCCACGGCUGCAGACACUGCAAGUCUUGCUCACACGUCCAGCAGCGUCGACGAUUCGGAGAUUAGUCGUGUUGGCAAAAGUGCGGCCUCCUCACGCUGUGUGGCACAACCUGCGCUAGGCAAGAACUCUUCAGAGUCAAACAGCACCCCAUCCCAUGACACUAAAAAGUUUCUUCGUAGAGAGGACGUGGUAGUACCCGCACGUCCUCAGGAGUCAAGUGUCGUCGAACUGAAUGACUUUGAUUUGAUGAUGGACACGCUUGGAGCCUUUGAUCGUCUCAGCACUCAAGACAGCCCUACUAAGAGCCUUGUGGAGCCCCAAUCCAAUGAAUCAAGCCCAGGUUCUCCCAGACGGAUAGAUACAGGGCCUAUGCCCCCGCCUCGCUCAUCUAGCACAGAAAGAGAGCCGCGUCGGAGCAAUGGAGAGGCACAGCCCAAUGGAUCUUGCAAUAUCAGAAUUCAGGUGCAAAGUGGCGAUUGGAGUCGCAGUCUGUCCCCUGUCCCCGAAAGCGCUGAUUUGGUGGACUCGAACGACUUCUUCGGCGACCAGGCGGCGUGGUCAACCCGGCCGAGUGAAGAGGGGACAAUCACCGACAUCACGUCGGUUUCUAACGCUCUAUGGUCACCCGUCGAAACCGAAGACAUGACGUCCGUGGUAUCCCUAGGGGACGAAUAUUUCCUCGUCGAUGGCAAGACGAGCGGGUUCCACCCGGAUCGGGGCGAUAACCCAACGAAAGCCGAGCGGAGGCUUGUUAGUGACGGCAGCUUAUACAGUGACCCUAGUCUCGAGCGCAAUCCAUCGGUUCGAACGCAGGAUAUCCCCGAAGUGAUUGGGCCCUCAAGUCCGAUGCACCGGCCGCCGUCAGGGCCACGCCGAAGGGAUCGAGAUGCAAGUGAUUCUACCGACGAAUAUCUGCUUACGUAUCCCGUGAUCCUAAGACGAUAUCUCUCUUAG